AUGCCGGAACCGUUGGCAAUUGCAACCGCUGUCGUGACUUUGGUGACAAACGCCUAUAAGCUUUGCGGCGGACUUUACCGGACGAUCGACGAGAUCAACCAGGCUCCUAAACACCUCCUCUACCUCUCUCAAGAUCUUAAAGCCUUCUAUACUGUCCUUGGAACGCUCGAGACCUACCUACAGGAACAUGACCUCUGCCCCAAUGUUCUCCAUCCAGCUGCGCUUGCCGACCCGAAUGGACUCUUGGAGGAUUGUGUGAAAGUUUUGAAAGCCCUGCAGAGAAUUGUCAAGAAAUUCGUUAAACAUGAUCGAGCGUCGAAGUCAGAGCCACAACAUUCCACGCCGUCCGGAAGUAAACUCCUCAAGCGAGCCAACUCUGAAGAGCCUGAUGCGGCCAGAAGACAAUGGGAAUAUGACCUUGGCACAUGA